UACCUGGGGUGGGCGGAGUUUAUUCUGGUCUGACAGAAACAGCUCCUGACCUUUGGGACUAACAGGGCGGGAGAGAAAGAGAGGAGCUGCAUAAGGCACUAAUCGGAGCGCAAUGGCCUCGGAGUUCACUCAGGACGCGGUGCUGGUGUUCCUCCAGAGCCGCGGAGGCACAGUGAAAAACUCCGACCUGGUUCUGCACUUCAAAAACUUCAUUCGGGAUCAUGCGGACCAGGACCGAAACCGAGAGCUCUUCAAGAAGUUCGUCAACUCCGUGGCCACCGUCAAACAGCUGGACGGAGUGUCUCAUGUGAUCCUCAGGAAGAAGUUCAGAGGAUAUGUCCCAGGUAAGGGGGCUGAAGUGGGCUCCUCCGACCCUCCGUGCGUCCCGGUCGGGAAGAACGCCGAAACUGCCGCUCCUAACAAGCCGCGACAGAAACCGCAGCAGAAAGAAGCGACUGCACCCGCCCCGUCGGGAGAAACUGCAACGAAAACAAUCCUACCUGUGGCUGGCCUCGUCCUGACCAACAACAACAGCGUGCAGGAGAAUUUAAACCUGAGGCAGCAGCAGGUACACCAGUCUAUACAACCAGUGACAGCACAGGUAGUGAGUCACAGCCCACAGACACCACAGCUGAAGACACCAAGUCUGCCCACGCCUCCUGCUCUCGAUCAGGCUUCUAAAGUGGGGCAGGGGCAGCGGAGAGUGGGUUUUGGUCCACCUCCUGGUGUCACACCUGCACCUCCUCACAGAGCAACCAGCCCGGGGUCAGAGGUCCUCACAGGGCAGAGGCAGCCAGAAGUGGGUGUUCAUGCUCAGCGUGCCCCCCGACGGGCGGGAAACAGGCCAAGCUACAAAACUGCUGUGAGCCAAGAUGAUGAAGAGGAGAAAGAGGAGGAGAUCACAGUGACGCAGAUUUCAGCAGGAGGAACGCGGCCCCCGAGCGCUCUGCUCAAUGCCCCGGGGAGGGUCACGCCUGCUCCUUCUUCAGGCCAGAAGAGUUACAGUCAGGGUACUGAGGGGCAAAUGCUCACCCCUCGGAGUCCAACUAGGGUCAUUCCGAAUAACAGCAACUUUGACCUGAGACAGCAGCAGGCACACAGUGCACCUGACCACUCUGUGCGACCAGUGUCAGCACAGACGGUGAGUCACAUCCCACAGAAACCACAGCUAAAGACACCCAGUCUGCCUACACCUCCUGCCCCAGAUCAGGCAUCUAAAGGGGGAGAGCUGAGAGGGGGUUUUGGUCCACUUCCUGGUGUCACACCUGCAUCUCCUCAUAGAGAAACCAGCCCGGGCCCUGAGGUCCUCACAGGGAGGAAGCAGCCAGAGGGGGAUGUUCACCCUCAGCAUGCCCACCGAAGAGCAAGAAACAGGCCAAGCUACAAAACUGCUGUGAGCCAAGAUGAUGAAGAGGAGGUCAUAGUGACGAAGGGUUCAGCAGCAGGAGCGCGGCCCCCUAGUGUUCCACUCAGUGCCCCGGGGAGGGUUACGCCUGCUCCUUCCUCAGUCCAGAGGAGUUACAUUCAGGGUACUGAGGCCCUCAGAAGGGGGCCCCAGCCUCCAGAAGGUGGUCUUCAUCAGGAGCCUCCUGUGCCUCCACAGCUCACCCAAAGGCGUUUGAAGCACAGACAGAGCUAUAAAACUGCUGUGAGUUAUGAUGAAGAUGACGUAGAGGAGGUCCCCAUGAGGCGAGGUUCAGGAGGAGGAGCGUGGCCACUGAAUGUGCCGCUCGGUGACACAGUGAGGGCCAUGUCUUCCUCAUCGCCAUGCAUCAUAGACACGCCUGCACCUUCAUCUGUCCCACAGAUUUACAUCCAGGGCGCUGAAGGGGAAAAGCUCAGCCCUCACUAUCUAGGUUUGAGGGAGGAAACUGCAGGCCCUAGGCUGGAACUGGGCGAGACCACCAGACGCAGCCUGCCUUUGGAGACGGCACUCCACCACAACAUCCAGCAGGGCCACCAAUACUCACCACUCUCAAGGGAACCCAAACCAGGGACCAAUCAGAGCGACGGACCGUUGAUGUCGUCCAGCCACAGCAGCAUCUACUCGCCCUCGUCCGCUGGCGGCUUCCACAGCACCAAGUGGCCGGCGUCUAACUCCACCAGAGAAUUGGGAUGGACCAGCAGCUCCUCGGAUCUGCAGAUCAGAGCAGGUGUGCCUGUAGGCGUGGCCAGAAUCCAGGGAACUGUCAAACAAACCAAAGAGGGUAUGUCGGACUCCAUGAUGAGUCGUGCUGACACUAAAAUAGUGCCUUGGCAUCGCUCCACCGGUCAGCUCUAUGACGAGCAGGAGCCCUCAGCUCGUUCGUCACCGCUACGUCGCUCCACUGACCAGCUCAACGAGAACCAAUCCUCUCCGGGCCGAGUGGCGCCGUUUUAUCUUUCCACAGGUGAUCUCUGUGAUCGUGAAGACGCAGUGUCAAGCGAUGACUCCGUCUCUUCACCUUACCUGCGGCAACGCCCUGGUGCCACCAACCGGAUGAGCACCAAACAAAGGAUGUCCCUCAGCAUGGGAGCCGACCUGGACCAGAUUCUUCAGGGGGAGGCAAGGGAAGGAAGAGGAACCGAGGAGGCUCGGAGGAGCCGCCUCCACCGGAUUUCUUCCUCGCUCAGCCUCCGCCACAAUCUGUCGUGCUCCUCAUUAUCAUCCUGUUCCACGCCGCCUCGAAGCCACAGCCUCGCCAGUCUGGACGAGCCAAAAGGAGAAAAGAUGAAUCUAUCUACAGAAGCCUCGCCCUCCUCCAACCACCGUGACAACCACGGUCGACAUUCGCUGGUUCCUUUGGAGCCGAGGGAACAUACCUGGCUGGUUAAGGCGGCGGCGGGCAACUGGCCGGAAAUCUACACCCUCUUCAGAGAGGAACCGUCCCUCCUCAACAAAAAAGACUUCAUCUCAGGCUUCACUGUACUGCACUGGAUUGCCAAACACGGCGACCACCGAGUCCUCAACACUCUAGGGUAUGGAAUUGAAAAGCACUCUCUUACCUUCGACGUAAACGCCAGGUCUAACAGCGGUCACACGCCUCUCCACAUUGCUGUCAUGCACGGUCACAAAAACAUCAUUCGGUUGCUAAUCAAGAAGUUCCAAGCUAAUGUGAAGCAGAGAGACAUGGCAGGUAAGAGACCAUGGCAGUACCUGAGCCUCGACGCGCCACUGGAAAUGUUCCACUUGCUCGCAGCGCCGAUGCAGGACGUUAUGUCAGGAAAGAAAGGUGUCGAGAUGGCAAACACCAGCUGGGAGCAGCAGCAGAAGCAAAGCCGCCACCUGCGUCACCAUGCCUCCUCAGCUUCAAGAGAGAGCCCGCUGACAAUUGCGAGUAGAACGAAGGUGAAACGGGCAACCUCACUCGCUGCGUUGCUUAAACACAAAUCGUUAAUACGAUUUCAAGCAAAUCAGGUGAACUCCUCAGCUUAAACUUCAGGGUUAAGCUUGUUUCAAGAGUCUUGCAACAUGGAAUAGUCAGAACAGCUAGCUGGUCCGCGGGUCUUAAAAACUACCAAGACAGAGAUUAAGAAGCAGCUAACUGUUUGUCACACUUGUUCCUUUGUCAUAUGCUUGGGCACCAGCAGUGAUUCUCAUACAGUAGUGAAAAAUAUUUCCUUUCCUGAAACCAGCAAAAACUGCCAGAAACUAUUAAAAGAACAAGCCAUGCUGAUUAGGCCACUGCAUAAUUCACUUUAAUAUAACUUUACAGUGUUCACAGUAGCAGUCAAUGUUACCACCUUAUUAAUUAUCUAGCUAUUUAACACAGAAACAAGUAUUAAAUAGACACAAUGACAUGACAAUGACUGCAUGACAUCAUGUGAAAAAACCUCAAUACCUGCCUGGGGAGUGGUUAAACCUCUUUUGGAGAAAAAAACUCAACACACCCUCUGGUGGUAAUGCUGGUAGUUCCUAAACACGCAUUUUUAAGAAUGAUCUUGUUUUACAUAAAGAGCAGUGUCAUACCAAUAAUCGCCCUUUCUUUCAGUGAAACUGAAAAUAUGCAACAGGAUAAACAGGAUUUCUUCACAGUGGAUAUAUAGAACUGCACAUUUUCAGGGUAUGUAGGACUUGACUGCCUCCUCUCUCCUCUGUGAAGACCUUUCUGAACUAUAAAACCCUAUAAACAGAUAAAUCAGCUCUUUCAACAGCAGCUGUGAGCUUUGCUUUUAAAGCCUCAUUUGUAGGUCCUUUUCUGCUGUUGAUUGUUGGAAGCCUCUCCAACUGGAUAAAUAUGCCGUAUAAUAUUUCACCACUUAUUAUAACAAAAGAGAGAUUAGUUUUUUGAAGGCCAAAACCUUGAGCUCAGGCCAAACAACUGCAAUAAAGAGAAUCAUGAGUUUCCAUGGCAGACUUUGAAUGCCUAUCAAGAGAUUGUAUCACAAAGAAGCUGAAAUAUGAUCUAAAGAAUGCGAUUGUUUAAGCGGGGAUCUGAUCUGCGAGCGCUUGACUGGUUUUCAGCAUGACUUUAUUAUCUUGCAGUUGUGACAGGAGAACAUACAAGGUGUACGUUUACAAGCUGCAGGCUAACAGGAGAGACAGUUCCAGUUUCAGCCGUGAUUCAUUUACUGAUACUUAUUUAGAGUUUGGAGUACACACCGCUGCUUUGUUAAUGUCUGUUUUACAUUCCUCCUGCUGUUUACACAUCAUCCAUCAGUUUGUUCAGUGAUUCCCCCCCCCCCCCCCCCCCUCCUCUUUCUUUUAACCAGUGUUUAGUGUGACUUCAUAAAGAUAUUGUAGACAAAUCAAGAAUUAAAGUCACUCAGAAAACAACUUGUGAAUUAGAUUGGCACAAAUUAACUGCCUCCUAGGGAGUAUGCAUUUGUGUUGUUGAUAUGAACCCAUAAUAAUGUUUAACAAAAAUAAGCACAUAUACCAAAAUGUCAAAUUCUUCCUUUAGCUUACAACUUUGUCUGUAUUUUCUGAGUGCCAAUAAUCUACACAUUUAAUUAACAUUUGCAUUAUUUUUUCCACCUUUUUAAUUUGACUGUUUUCAUGUUAUGUUGUUGUCAACAUCUGCAGUUUGGUUUUCAGUGGUUGCCAAUUUUGACUGGUGACCAUUGGCUUGACAUAGCUACUGGUAGUCAAUUUAAAUUACUAAUGUCACUUGCUAAUGCUAGUCUAACAUGACCACUGGCUUGAGGUGGGUAAGGCUAUUUAAUGUCAGCUAACUUUGGCUGUUAGCUUAGUGUUAUAUUUGGUUGAAAAGGUUAAAAUUGGCUAUUAUCAGGUCAUUUUGAUUACUAGCCUAGUAAUGACCAUUAGCUUGAAAUUGUUAUUGCUAUUCAAUGUCUGUUAAUUUUGGAUACUAGUCUAGCAUGACAUUAACUUGAGGUGGCUAAUAGUAGCUGUUGUCAGCUAACUUCAGCUGCUAGCCUGAUAUAACUAUUUGCUUGAGCUGACUACUACUACUAGUUGAGCUAAUUUUGGCUGACCCCAGGGUUUGAUGCGACCAUUAGCUUCAGAUGGCUAAUACUUGCUCAUAUAUUCAUUAGCCUGAAGUAGUCAAUAACAGUUAACAUUAGCUAACUUUCUCUCCUACAGUCCCUGAAAAGCUUUGAAAAGUUGUACUUUUAUCUAAAUUUACACUUUUCUGCAUUUGUUUAUACUUUUGUCACAGUUGAACUGAAGUUGUAGCUGGUGGAUAGGGGACAAAAUUAUUAUUAUUAUUAUUAUUUAUAUUAAUUACUGUGACAAAGUAUAAUCAAUGUCACCACUUUGUUUCUUUUCAGUUUAUCAGUUGUCAAAGUGAGACUGAUUAUUAUUUUACCCAAUUUCUAUCGUGAAUAUGUAACGUUACAAAAAAACAGAUUGUAUGAAUGAGUGAAUGUUAAAUGUGAAAAAAAAGUUUACAAUUAUCAAGUAAAAAUGUAAAAUUUGUACUGGACAUCUUUGACAUUUUGCUAUAUGUGCACCACCACCAAGUAUCACAAUUUCUCUCAUAAACACUUUGUGUUACACCCUUUUUAAAUGCUUCUUAGCAGACCUUCCAGAGGAACUCAAGAAACUAUUCAAGAAAUUAAAAAAAAAAAACUGAUGGAGAAUUUGUAAAAUGCUGAGGAGGAAUUUGAAGUUGAGGCGGUGUAAAACAUGUAAAAGCACAAGUAUUAUCCUUUCACAACCACCAGGGUACAUUACAUUUGACUGUUUUGUUUGUAAAUUUGUCUGUUGUUUACUUUGACAGAUGCACAUUAUAUUUUUAAUGCCACUGAAUAUUAAAUAUGUUUCACAGUUGGAUAUAUGUUUUUUGUAUCUAUAUUUGAAAGGCCUGAUGAAGGUCGAGUCUGAAAUGUUGCAAUUAAAUAUAAAUUCUGCAAGUCA